AUGCCGCCGAAAAAGGCAGCUGGAAAGAAGAAUAAGGACGACGACUGGGACGACGAGGCUGCUGAGCGAAAAUUAGCGUCAUUGGCAAAGAAAGACGCGGAUGAAGUGACCUGGGAUGAUGAAAGCGAUGACGACCUACCAGUAGUGACGAAACCAGCUCCAGGCAAAAAAGCAGCAGCUUUCGCAAUGCUGAUGGAUGACGAUGACGAGAAUGAUGACAGCGAUGCGAAAUCCGAAUCGGAUUCUGAAAAAGUCAAAAAGGGAAAGCAAGAAGAAGAUGAUGAUCUCGAUGCAAUAUUAGCUGAUUUGGAGUUAAACGAAAAAGCAGCCCCACAGCGAAGGGUCAAGAAGAAUAGGCGGAAAAAGAAGCGGAAAAAAAAAAGACAGGCAUUAGAAGAAGGAGACGUGGAUCACACCAUGAGCGAGCUAAGGCAGAAGAGAAACCUGCAGAGAAACCUGAAGAGGAGGAAGCAAAAGAGCCGGCUGGCGGUGAUGUUGAGGAAGGACAGGAAGAUGGUGGUGAUGACGCGGCUAAAGACAAAAAGAAGAAAAAGAAAGACAAGAAGAAGGAUAAAAAGAAGGAGGAAAAGGACGAUGGGAAAGGCAAAAAGAAGAAACAUGUGGAUAUGGAUCAAAGAGCUCUUGCGCGCAAAACAAGAAGCUGAGGAAGCUGAACUGCGCAGGCAAAAAGAGGAAGAAGAGCGUCUCGCGGCUAUAGCUCGCGCUAAAGAGGAAGAGGAGCGGAUAGCCAAGGAAAAGCGAGAAGCAAGGAAAGCCAAGGAAAAAGCGGCAAUCGAACUAACGAAGCCAGUUCCAACGGUCAAUGAACACGUAAUUUAUGCCAACUUGGACCGACGAGCUAAGAAGAAGUUCCUGGAACAAAACAGAAGAGAGGGAAACAGCCAGAAGCUACUACAGCAGCAGAAAAGAAGAAGAAGAGGCAAGCUAGGCCGUGCUAAAGAAGCUUCGGAGACGCCUCCCCCGUCCAAGGAAGAAACUCCGGAGUCCAAGACACCGGAAACGAAAGAACCCUUAGACGAUUGGGAGAUGGUUCUUCAAGAAGCGAAACAGCAGAAGGAAGAGCAGGAUCGUUUAGAAAAAGAGGAAACUGAGGUGAAACCGCAACCACGAACUAUUGAACAAGUAUCAACAGAAACAAAAACG